AUGGCGAGCAACGCGUCGUCGGCUUCGCGCUCACAGACCAGGGAGACUAGGUUCACAAGAAAGCUUCGACGCGCCACGUGGAUUCUACCCCAGACUGGCGAAGUUUCCAAACGACAAUUCACUCUCCGCGAUGCUUCGAAUCGGCUCAACGAGAGGACUCCUCUCCUGCGGGACAGGACCGAGAACUCCGACGGGAAUUCGGAGCCAAAAUCAAAUCUCCUUCUGAUCUUACUAUGGUGUCGAACCCAACUGGAGCAAUUUUGGACCUUUGCCUGCUCGCCCACCGGGCAGGGCAUCUUCAAAUGUUCCAUUGCAUAUCUUCUCGGCAGCAUGGCUACUCUUGUGCCGGCAAUUUCGAGGUUCUUUGGCAGUGGGCAGGACUCCAAGCAUAUGGUUGCUACUGUUACAGUGUAUUUUCAUGCGGCUCGAACAAUCGGCAGCAUGCACGAAGCAACAGUACUUUCCCUUGUAGCUUUCUGCUAUGCUGCUCUCAUCUCUUUUGGCAGCAUGGGCGUGUCUAUACUUUUCGCGCGGUAUGAUUUGCUCCUUGUAGGGCAUGCCAUCGUUCUGGUAGUUUUUGUCGCUGGAGGCUUUGGUUUCAUGGCCUGGGUCAAAGUGCGACUGGCCAAUCCUCUCGUCAACGUCGCAACGUCUCUGGCCUCCCUAGGUUGCAUCACUAUAUUGAUCCGCGAGGGAUCAGUUCAAGCAGGAGAAUUCUCCACACGAAGGAUCACCCAGGUGCUGGGCAUGAUCAUUCUUGGUAUGCUCAUUGCCUCACUGGUCAACUUCCUCAUUCUCCCCACGCUGGCGCGGAAGAAGCUUUCAAAGGAAAUUGAAAAGAAUACAGAUCUGCUUGGGGAGAAGCUAAUAUCCAUCACUCGAGCGUUUCUGCAUGGGCGAGAGGCUGAUCUGGAGGACGACUACUACAAGAGGCUCAACAAAGAUCACGCGGUGUCCCUCGAGGCUGUGAAGAAGAAUCUGAUCGAAGCGAAACGAGAGCAUUUUGUUCUUGGCGACGAAAGGAUCUAUCGCGUGGAGAAGCGUCUUGUGCAAUGCCUCGCCACUCUUGGUCAGGAUUUGGGUGGCCUGAGAAGUGCAGCUCGAGCUCAGUUCGCAUUCAUCAACCAACCGCACUCCUUCGACGAGGAUGCGACGCCCAUUGCUGAUGCAUCAAAGAGUGUGUUGACUUCCUCUCCGAUAGACUCGGCCGCUCAGGAGCCACACUACUUCAGUAGCCUGGACGUCAUCUCCGAGUCUCCUGAGAUACCAGUCCUGUCUACAAAUGGCCGGCCUCGCUCCCAGGAACGACCGCGCAGGGCUGACAAUGCUCCGAAGAGGACCGAAAGUGUGGACUUUGCCUCUCCUUUUGGUUGGGAGACGCCCUAUUCUACACAAAGCGCGACUGAGCCAGGGUCUCCCGAAGCGCGCGACAACAUUGGAGGGCCUAACAUUGCAAAGAGUCCCGGGGACAUGUUUCAAUCAUUCAUCAGUCAGCUGGGUCCUCCCACCAAAUCGCUCGUCUAUACACUGAAGCAGGUGCUUGACGAGUUACCAUUCCAGACUGCAGCGAAAAGCAGGAAUCCGUGGGUGGCACGGGAGGCACAGGUGGCUGUGACUGAGCGUUUCCACACCAGUCUGAAGCAAGCAGUCGAACUUUAUCGACGGUCACGAAAGGAAGCGCUCGGUGCUUUGUACCAAAAUCGCGCCAUCAACGCGGCUUUGACUGCCCGAUAUGGCAUGAACAGCAGUUUCGCGAGUAUAGACUCGUCAACAUCCAGCGAUGGCCCACCCGCAGGAGAAAGAUAUCAAAUGAGACGCUCAAAGACUCUGUUCGAUCGACAGCCCAAUGAGGUCAUCGCAGAUAUUGAAGAAGUAUCGGCAUGUUGUGGGCAUUUUUCAUUCUCCUUGCUGGAUUUCGCUGAGGAUGUUUUGACGUACCUCAACGUUCUCGACGACCUCAAAGCUGAGACGGAGGCCCCGACAAAGUCCUGGAACUGGCUCGCGUUUUGGAAGAAGCGGCCGAAAAAUCUCGGUCCAAGUUUGAAGCGACACAACACCUUUGUAGAUCGUAACGAGGACACGGUUGAUCGGUACAACAUUCCCUCUCCCAUUAGGAAAGCGGACAAUUUCGCCGAUCCAGAGAAGGCGCCGCAUGGGAAGCCCUGGUACUAUACAAUCUACAAAGCCUCCCGAUUUCUACGUCGGGAUGACACUAGAUUUGCCAUCAAAGUCGGAUUUGGAGCUGCAUUUUACGCUCUACCUGCAUUUUUAGCAGAGACGAGACCGUUCUUCCUCCGUUGGCGCGGCGAGUGGGGACUGGUCUCGUACAUGGUGGUGUGCUGUAUGACUGUCGGAGCUUCCAACACAACUGGAUUCAACCGUGUCUUUGGAACAUUCAUCGGUGCAUGCUGCGCUGUUGUGGCUUGGCUCAUAGCCAAUGAUCACGGAGUAGCAAAUCCAUACCUAUUGGCGUUCUUUGGCUGGCUCAUGUCUAUCGGCUGCUUCUACAUUAUCGUGGCAAAAGGUGAUGGGMCGAUGGGACGUUUCAUCGUUCUGACCUACAACCUGAGCGCACUCUAUUCUUACAGCUUGUCUAUACACGACGAUGAUAAUGACGACGACGAAGGAGGCAUCGAUCCCGCGAUAUGGGAAAUUGUACUCCAUCGUGUCGUUAGUGUGAUUGUGGGAACAUUAUGGGCGAUAAUCGUCUGCCGAUGGAUUGCCCCAAUCUCUGCCCGAAGUAAGCUCAGAGCAGGUCUCUGUGUGCUCUGGCUACGCAUGGGCCUUGUCUGGAAGCGCGACCCGCUUGCCAUGUUUCUGCUGGGAGAACCGCAAACUACCUACAUGGACAUCCGCGAAGAGUCUGAGCUCCAAACUUUCUUGGCUAGUCUACGAGGCCUGCUCAAAGCGGCGGCUUCUGAGUUCGAGCUCAGUGGCCCGUUCCCUGUCAAGAGUGUCGGACGGAUGCUGGACAGUGCUGGACAAAUGCUCGAUGCCUUUCAUGCGAUGAACGUGGUCAUUUCGAAAAACCUUCACUAUACAGCGGGCGAGGCUGCCGUGUUGAGGUACACGAGACCUGAGCGUUUCGCUCUUUCGGCGAGAAUCAGUCAUCUCUUCACUGUGCUCGCCAGCAGCAUCAAGUUGGAGUAUCCUAUCGCCGACGUGCUGCCCAACAUCGAAGACAGUCGCGACAGACUGCUCGCAAAAAUAUCCGACUUUCGAGGAACACAGGACGGCAAGGAGCUCACCACCGAGCAGGAUUACGAAAUGCUGUAUGCAUAUGUUCUGGUUACUGGACAGCUUGCGGAGGACAUAUUAUCAGUGACUGCAGAGAUUGAGACGCUCUUUGGCACGCUCAACGAGGAAAAUCUCACGUUGCAUUAG